GCCAGCUCUCCUCUUGCAUCACAUGUUCCUAUUUCAGAAAAUACCCAUAUAACUUGUUCAAAAUAUGAUGUUCAACCCCCAAAUCGGUUUAUUUUAAGUGUGAAAUAUGGCAGGCGUCACGGGAAGUGCCAUCCAGUCGUUACCUAGGUUCCUGCUCCCACGGCUGAGCUGGACGGGACCUACUGGACCCUCUCAAGUGUUCCGAGCCGCAUCUCUUCCCAUAGAAACCCGACGAUCAUGGGAAGUACAAGGGCACAGGGUGGCUUCGUUCCACACAUCUCGAAAGGCAUCAUGGUACCCUCCUGGAAAGCUACCCACAAGAGAAUCUCCAACGCUUCAGCAUCUAGGUUUGAGAAGAUCAUUCCAUGCCACGGCGCCGCGGGGUAGAGACCACCACUUCGAUACUCUAAAAUUCGUCCAACGACUACAACGCGAUGGGUUCACAGAAGAGCAAUCGGUUGCUAUGAUGAAGGUUCUCAAUGACGUGAUUCAGGAAAGCAUCCAAAACUUAACGCGAACCAUGGUUCUACGCGAGGACGCGGCCAAAGCAACAUACACUCAGAAGGUCGACUUCGCCAAGCUCCGAUCUGAACUCCUCUCUGCAGACAGCACCGAGUCCAACACCACGCGUGCCGCCCACGAACGUCUUACGAAUGAUAUCACCAAACUAAACAGUCGACUGCGCGACGAGAUCGGCCGGACACAGGCAUCGGUACGAUUGGACCUAAACCUAGAAAAGGGGCGCAUACGGGAAGAGGCCGUCAACCAAGAGCUGAAGAUAAAGGAGACGGAGACCAAAAUUGAGCAGGAAGUUGCUGCCCUACGAGAGAAGCUAGAGCAAGUCAAGUUCCAGACGCUACAGUGGCUAAUGGGAGUUUGCACUGGUUUUGCGGCACUGUUACUUGGUGCUUGGAGACUGCUCAUGUGAAGUUGAGAAAGGAGCUUAUUCGCGAAUCCAGUUUCAAUGCGAGUCGAAGAUACCCAAUGCAGGAGAACGGCUCAAAAUUUCAAUAUAUACUAUAUG